AUGCCCAAAGGCAAAAUCACUAAACCUCAAGAUGACCCGGAGUUUGAUGAACUUGAAGAAUCAGAGGAAGACUAUGAAUAUGAUGAAGAGGAGGACCAGGGAUUCUACAUCAAGGCUGCUUUGAAACCUCCCAAUUCUCACCCAGUGUCCUGCUACGAUUUAUACAAUCAAAUCCAAGAAGGUGUUAUAUCAUUGGAUGCGGAUUACCAACGCGACGUUGUUUGGAACGACGCGAAACAGAGCAAUCUCAUUGAUAGUGUAUACAGGGACUACUUCAUACCUCCUGUUUUGUUCGCAAAACGCAUAGGAGACGAUGGCGAAGAAAUCAAGGUUUGUAUAGACGGCAAACAACGUCUCACCAGUAUCCACCGGUUCAUGGAUGGUUAUAUACCCCUCAAAGUUGACGGAAAGAGCUGGUUUUACCAAACACGGGGGAACAAAGCUGCCAAGAAAGUGAUUCCCAACGGUUGGAAGAAACAGUUUGCCUCGAAGCAACUCAUUGUCGUCGAGUUUGCGGAUCUCUCGGACGCAACAGAGCGUGAUAUUUUCCAACGCGUCCAGCUGGGAAUGGCGCUAAAUGAGGCCGAGAAGCAGAAAGCCAUCUCAUCGCCUACAGUUACUUGGAUACGUACCAUGGUCACACAGUACUUUGAAGGAGACGACGGUAUCCCUCAAUUCAUGAAAAUGAACAUGAGGCGUUCCAAAGAUUUUCAAUGUGUAGCACAAUAUGUCUAUAUGGCCAGCGCGUUGCCGGCUUUCGAUUCUCCCGGGACUGUUAAGCUUACGAGGUUCUUGGGUCAACAAGACGAAAGAAGCGAUGCAUUCAAAAAGCCUGUAGAACGGGCGAUUCGAGAUUUGCAUAAACUUGUGCAAGAUGAAACCAACCUCAAGCUGACCGGGGCUGCCGCAGUAGCACCAAUUGAACUUGUUCACAUAUGCCUGGUUUGUCUUUUGCUCAAGGGCAGAUCCCUUCGCACCAUGGCCGGUGCGAUUGGUAAGAUGCGGACUGUCAUCAGAGGGAAACAUAUUGAUGUCCGGGCUAACACUCGUGUUGCUAAAUCCUUCGCCGAGCACCUUGAAACCCUUCAGGCGCCCGGUAUUUCUGGCCCCGAAACAGAUUGGCAAAUUGAUACCUCAGCCGCUCGAGCGGCUAAAAAACGCAAGGCUGAUGAUGAUGAUGAUACGGACAUGGCGUUCACGAGCGAUGAUGGUUUCCCAAAUGGAAGCGCCAGUAAAGGCAAAGCAAAACUCAAGCCCCGUCCGAGUGCUAAAAGCAGAGUUUGA